AUGCGGAAAGAAGACGUCGACCACUCGCUGUACCUGGUGACGGACUCGACGCCGGCCAUCCUCGGCGACAAGGACAUCUGCGCCGUGGUCGAGGCCGCGCUCCGGGGCGGCGUCACCUGCGUGCAGUACCGGGACAAGACCAGCGACACGGGCGCGCUCGUCGCGACGGCCCGCAGGCUGCACGCCAUCACGCAGAGGCACGACGUCCCGCUGCUGAUCAAUGACCGUAUUGAUGUUGCGCUCGCGAUUGGCUGCGAGGGCGUGCAUAUUGGACAGGAUGACCUUGACCUGUCCUCUGCGAGGAAACUGCUCGGUCCGGACGCCAUCAUCGGCGUCACGGUGAGCAAUGCCGAGGAGACGGACGUGGCCUGCAAGGGCGGCGCCGACUAUCUGGGCAUCGGGACCGUGUUCGCCACACCCACCAAGGAGAACACAAAGAGCAUCAUCGGCGUCGACGGCCUGCAGCAGAUCCUGCUGCAGAUCGCCGACGAACCGAUCAAGACGGUCUGCAUCGGCGGCAUCAACGCCUCCAACGCGUCGCGCGUGAUGUGGCAGAGCGAGGCGCCUGGCGGCAAGGGCAAGGCCCUCGAUGGCGUCGCCGUCGUAAGCGCAAUCAUGGCAGCCCCGGACCCGGAGGAGGCCUCGUGGGAUCUACUCCGGCUCGUGAGAUCGCCGCCCGCCUUUGCGAGGGCCGCGGUGACGGCGGAGCAGCAGGCGCGGUCGCCGGAGGACCUGCUCGCCCUGGUGCCGGAGGUGGUGAGGGCCGUCGAUGCGAAGAAGCCGCUCUCGCACAACAUGACCAACCUCGUGGUGCAGAACUUCGCGGCCAAUGUCGCGCUGAGCGUUGGCGCGAGCCCUAUCAUGGCGAAUUAUGGCGAGGAGGCGCGGGACCUGGCGAUGCUGGGAGGAGCGCUCGUGCUCAAUAUGGGGACGGUGACGCCUAAGGGGUUGGAGAAUUAUUUGAAGGCGUUGAGGGCGUACAAUGAGGCGGGACGGCCUGUGGUUUUUGAUCCUGUUGGGGCCGGAGCAACAGCCGUCCGACGAGCCGCGACAAAGACCAUCCUCGGCAGCGGCUACAUCGACGUCCUGAAGGGCAACCAAUCCGAGAUCCUGUCCUGCAUCCCCGGCGGCGCCGAGGUGCAGCAGCGCGGCGUCGACAGCAGCGCGCCCGGGAACGACGCGGACCGGCAGAAGCUAGGGUCCGCGAUCCGGGAGCUCGCCGUCCGGCGCCGCAACGUCGUCGUCAUGACGGGCAAGACAGACUACAUCACGGCCGGACGCGCCGUCUUCACUGUCGACAACGGCCACGCGUACCUCGGCAUGGUCACGGGCACGGGCUGUUGCUUGGGGACUACCGUCUCGGCCAUGGUCGCCGCGUAUCCGGACGACAAGCUGGCGGCCGUGGUCGCGGGGCUGUUGCUGUAUAGUAUCGCGGCUGAGGUCGCGGCGGAGCGGGAGGACGUCAAGGGGCCUGGCACGUUCGUGCCGGCCUUUAUUGAUGAGCUGUUCAAUCUAAGGAAGGCUACGGCUAAGGGGGAUUUGGGGUGGUUGGAGAGGGCGAGGCUUGGUGUGCUGCCUUGA